CCGAUACAUGAACUUGGGCAGUGGGUAGGCCUGGGGUUGUCAGAACGCGCAUGGAUCGUCGCUGGCAUCACGAUAUCUAUGUGUCGCCGUGCGUCGUAAUUGUAUUCGAUCUGGGACGUCGCACUCACUCUUGAACUCGCAGGACACCUCUAGUGUCCGUGAUGGAUCGCGUAUCAUCUGUUCGCGAACCCACGGAGGACGACAUUCUUUUGAUUCAUCAGGCAACGAUGGCUGACGAGGAGGCACUCAAGGAACUGGACAGCGAAAUGAGCAUACUUUAUUCUGCUCUGGAGCGCCUCCGCUUGCAGAAGCUCAAGCACCGGGAGAAUAUACGUCAGGCCCGCUCAUUGUUAACUCUUGCUCGCCGCCUACCUCCUGAGCUGCUAGCUCGCAUAUUCGAGAUAUGUGCCAAAAGCGGCUGGACGCGUGCACCUGUGGUUCUUUCCCAAGUAUGCUCAGCUUGGAGGAAAGCCGCAGCAUUCCCUCGUAUAUGGUCCUAUCUCUUCCUUGACUUAAGAUCGGGAGAUUCGACCGGGAAGGUGGUGUUUUGGUUGAGUAAAGUUCAACACGCGCCAUUGCAUAUAACUUUGGAUAUCCCUCUCGAGUCACCAUCAUUGGAGGAGGUUUUGGGUUUACUUGUUCCUCGCUCCAAGCAAUGGCAGACCCUUAUCGUCAAAUCUGUAGACUCCACAACACUGAACCAUGUCCUUCGCCGCUGCAGUCUCCCGUUGCCCGAUUUAAGGCAACUCAUUGUUGUCACUAAAAUGGAGGGUUCUCAGGGAGAUCCUGUGAAUAUGUCAUAUCUUCAAGACGCUCCGUGUCUAUCUCGAUUGCUCAUCGAACAACCGAAUCUUCCACAGUGGAGCAAUUUUAUGAGAGUCACGAUACUGCACAUUGUACUCUCUUCUUCAAGGGACUUUGUACCUUCCAUAAAUGCCACCGACUGGAUCGAAAUGUUGCAGGCCUUACCAGGGUUAAGGGACCUCACACUGGAACUCUCUAAACCGGAAACACGCACAUAUAAUCAUAUCCAACGCGCUGUGGAUCUUCCUCAUCUGGAAUCACUGACACUCCACGUCUCUCCAGAUGUGAAUAGAAUCCUUUUGACAAUGCGCGCACCUGCGUUGCGUCAGCUCCACCUGCGCUGCUCAUCCGAUCCUCUUGCACGCCCCCACAUGCCUUCUGGCGCCCAUUUAUGUCGGUUUCUUGAGUUUUCCCCUCGUGUACAGCUUCUAGAACUCUACGAUAUCGACGUGGAGCGCAUCGACUUCGUGCGAUGUUUUGAGCUCCUUCCUAAACUAGAGGAACUUCGCCUGCAUGACAGUGAUAUUGCUGAUGAACAACUGCGGCUGCUACACGGGGACAACGGGCAUUGCCCAAACCUUGCUCGUCUUGACUUCCGUUGGUGCAAUUAUCUAUCUGGCAGUGCGCUCGUCAACCUUACCCAGAGCCGGUUACCACAAGAUGCAAGCGAGGGUCGAGGGUCGCCCACAAUGCCACAAACGAGGCGGAUUAAUGAAGUGGCUGUUGUCAACUGCUUACACGUCAAAGAACAGGAUGUUCUUGAUCUAGCGGAAAUGACACUUUGUAGGCUCCUGAUGAGGUCUGACGAAGAUCACUGUUAUAAAAGGUGUUGUUGCUACAACGAGAAGUAUAGGCAACGGCUGCGACUACGUCACAACAAUAAGCUGCCGAAGAGUCUUAUCCUCUGAUCAUGAAUGAAGAUUAGAUUGGGAAUUCGUACUGGAAUACUAGAAUUAGGACUGCAAAUGAAGAGUGUCAUACCAAUACAUUUGAUACAAGUACUGUUAGUCUCAAACUAUGGCAAGCAGUAGUAGCCAGUGUACCAUUCGCCUCAAACAAGGACCAGUCUGAUAUUCCACGCGUUUGAAAACCCCUUCCAUUGAAACUGCGAGUAAAAGCAGUGCUGGACUGAGCCUAUACAACUUUGUC